GGGACCGGCAGGGCUGGCAGGGAAACCGGCACUGGGGGGAGCAGAAACGGGCAAUGCGAGAGCUGGGGGUGCUCCAGAAGCCUGGACAUGUUGGCAGCAUGGACAGGGGGGAGCCAUGGAUACCCCAGGACUCUGAAACAGGGACCCCGGACAGUGCUGACCCCUGGGACGCCUGUGAUGCCAAAGUGGAUUUCUCAUUCCCAAGCCUUGGCUGGAUGGAGGAGGAGUCUGUGAGGAAGAGAAAGAUGGCCCGGGACACGCAGGCAGACAAGGAGGUGAGGAUGGAGACCAGGGAGGACAAAUCCCCACAACAGAACCUCGAGGAAGAGGCAGAUGUGAGCGGCUGCACAGGGCAGAAAUCCAAGGCGGAGGAAAAGUCCCAGAGAUCCCACAGGAGGAGGGGCACCAAACCCAGCCCAGGUUGCUCUGAGGUGAAAGGCUGCACCCUGUGCCAGGAGGGUGGACAGAGCUUCAGCCAGAGCAUGGAGCUGGUGGCCCAUGAGCAGCCUCAUGAUGGAGAGAAGCCCUACAAGUGCUUGGAGUGUGGGAAGAGCUUUAGGCAGAGCAGCACCCUGAUCCAGCACCAGAUGAUCCACACCGGGGAAUGGGCCUACGAGUGUGGGGAGUGUGGGAAGGGCUUGAGGUGCAGCUCAGAACUCGUCACCCACCAACGCAUCCACACUGGGGAGAAGCCCUACGAGUGUCCCCAGUGUGGGAAGAGGUUUCACACCAGCUCCAGUCUCCUCAUACAUGAGCGGAUUCACACGGAUGAGAGGCCCUUCUUCUGCCCUGACUGCGGGAAGGGCUUCAAGUACAUCUCUCAUCUCGCCAGGCACUGGCGCAUCCACACUGGGGAGAGGCCCUACGAGUGUCCCCAGUGUGGGAAGAGCUUCACCCAGAGCUCUGUCUUGAACAGACACCUAUGGAAGCACCGGUAAGGGAAGCCCUGCAAAUGUCCCUGCAGGGAGAGCUUCGUGCCUGGCUCCAGCUUCAUACCCAAUUGGAGGACCCACGUUGGGAAGAGACCUGUGAUCCAUGU